GAGACGAGGAUGCAUAAAGUACUGUGGAGACGGGUUGCCACAUUGUUGAUAUUCUCUGUAUGUCUCUUGGUUUGGCGGAACUACGAUCGAAAUUCACUCAGCUCUCAUACAAAUCCGAAGAAAUUUGUUGGAUUCCAUACGAGCCAUGGUCGCCUCGGAAAUCAGUUGUUUCAUAUGAUGACUGGGUAUGGUAUUGCAAGAACACUGAAUAGAACGCACUACAUACCAUAUGAGAUACAUAGAAAUCAUGUUAUGGAGUACUUGUGUCAAAUGGAAAAAGUAUUUCCUCGUUUGAAGGAGACUUAUAUCCUUGCAGAGCGAGAAACCAAGCAGACAAUCGUGCCGUUCAGCUACUGGUGUUGCAACUACAUAGACCCAUCGAUGUACAGCGGAAACACGAAUCAGUUUCUGCUUUUGGACUUCAAAUAUGGACAAAACCCGAAAUAUUUUGCAGAUUAUAUUGUGGAUGUUCGUGCUAUUCUGCAAUUUUCAAAGGAGGCUGAAAAAAAUGGAAGUGAUAUACUUCUUCUUUUGCAAAAUUAUUCCGACUCAAUGUGCGUGCACACCCGAAUGACAGAUUUUGUCAUACGCAAUGCUUCUACGAAAAUGAAUGAAACGGUAAAAGCUGCAAACUCAAUUGCGAAAAAGAAGAACUUGUCACAUUUUCUAAUUUUUGGAGAUGAUAUGAAUUUUAUGGUGAAGUUGUCAAAGACCCUUGCUAAAGACAGCGGCUGGAGAAAAAAUGCAAAGGCCAUUUGUUAUGGCGAAUAUAUGGAUCUGUACAUCGCAUCUCAGUUGUGCGCCUCCUUUUUAGUUUCCGCACCGAGAUCGACCUUUGGUUGGUGGCUUGCAUUUUUUGUACAAGAUCAGAAAGCGGUAUACUAUUUGGAUGAUACAAGGAGGAGUGUGCUCAAAAUGCCCAUAAAGGAGCAUUUUUUGAAAUCAUGGCAACUUUACAUCGUUUAA